UUAAAUUUCUUGAAUAGAAAGAAAAGCCAAACUCCUAAACCCUAUAUAAAAGUCAUUUUAUUGCCCUACCUUCAUUCUCUCCCUAUUUCCACUGUUCUCUGAUCAAAUGACGAAGCAGCAAGCAAACUGGUCGCCUUACGACAACAAUGGAGGAUCUUGCGUUGCGAUUGCAGGGGCAGAUUAUUGUGUUAUCGCGGCCGACACUCGAAUGUCAACGGGUUACAAUAUUCUCACUCGCGAUUACUCCAAAAUCUGUAAACUGGCCGACAAAUGUGUGAUGGCCUCUUCAGGCUUUCAGGCUGAUGUUAGAGCUUUGCAAAAAGUCUUGGCAGCUAGACACUUGAUCUAUCAGCAUCAACACAAUAAGCAGAUGAGCUGCCCUGCAAUGGGUCAACUGCUCUCAAACACACUCUACUACAAACGCUUCUUCCCUUAUUAUUCUUUCAAUGUUCUAGGUGGUCUCGAUAAUGAAGGCAAGGGUUGUGUUUUCACAUAUGAUGCCGUUGGAUCCUAUGAGAGAGUUGGAUACAGUUCCCAAGGUUCUGGUUCCACACUAAUCAUGCCUUUUCUGGACAACCAACUAAAGUCUCCAAGCCCUCUCUUGUUACCUGCCAAGGAUGCAGUUACCCCACUUUCAGAAUCAGAAGCAAUUGAUUUGGUGAAGACCUGUUUUGCAUCUGCGACGGAGAGGGAUAUAUACACUGGGGACAAGCUGGAGAUAGUCGUCUUAAAUGCUGAUGGAAUUCGUCGUGAGUAUAUGGAGCUCAGGAAAGAUUGAUCCCUCUCACUCCUAAUAAAUGCUGAUGGAAUUCGUCGUGAGUAUAUGGAGCUCAGGAAAGAUUGAUCCCUCUCAUUCCUAAUGCAGUCCUUGCUGCUGGGAUUUUGUGACAUUCCAGAUAUAUAUCUAUGGUAAUCUUGACAUAUGCUGGGAUGAUCUUUCUGCGUCAUCGUGGCUCAUCAAUUAUCAUCUCUUUGCUUUUCAAUGAAUCCAGUUUGAACAACUGCUUUUCCUACUCGAUGGAAGUGUUGCAAUUAGGAAUCCUAUGGUGAACAUGAAACUUUGUGUUUGACAUGUCUUCAAUUCUCAAUCUAAGUUAUAACGUAGCCAUGAUUGGUUCUUUUGAAAGUA